AUGGCGAGCGAACACCUAUACCAUAGAGAAAGAAGAAGACUAUGCCUAUACACUGUGUGUACUACUGUGUUACUCUCACGACCUCCUGUUACUCUACGGUGCUUACACUGCUUACACUGUGGUUUGUGGUUCGGAAAGUGUGCUCUCGUGUGCUCUGCAUGGUAUAAUACGGUGUCCGCGGCGUCUACGCCGCUGUCAUGCAGCAAAUGGGCCUUGAAGAGAGCGGAAAAGCGCCCAGCCAGCGGAGGGGACAGACGUGCGUCGCAUGAGCUCCAUACUUCUGGCCCGUUUCACCGCAACUCUUUGCCCUUCGUGAAACUUCCCCAGUGCAUCCGUGAAGCAUUGGAACCUUCCAGCAGUCCAGCAGCUACCGAUGGUGAGGAUCCAGACCCGGGACACCGCUACAAGUGUGAUUUCUGUGACUAUAAGGCCACGAAAUUGUCACGUCUGGAAACACACAUUAGGGUUCACACAGGGGAGCAACCCUACAAAUGCAACCAAUGCCCUCAGAGCUUCUCGCUAAAGUGUUCAUUAACAAAACAUCUGCUUCUUCACGCCGGCGUGCGGCCCUUCAAGUGCCAUGUGUGUCCUCGGAGCUUCACGACGAGACACACGUUAACAGAACACUUGCGCACUCACACAGGUGAGCGGCCAUUCAAGUGCCACAUAUGCCCUCGGAGCUUCACCAUAAAGGGUUCACUAACGGAGCAUUUGCGCAUUCACACGGGGGAGCGACCUUACGAGUGCGAUCAGUGCGAUUGGAGCUUUGCAGCAAAGCGUUCGUUAACAGAACACAUGCGCACCCACACGGGCGAGCGGCCAUACAAAUGCGACCGUUGUUCUCAGAGCUUCUCGCUGAAGAAAACGUUAACGGAACACAUGCACACUCAUACGGGUGAGCGGCCGUAUAGGUGCAACACAUGCCCCCAGAGCUUCUCGAAACGGUCUACAUUGAGGGAUCAUCUGCGCACCCACACGGGCGAGCGACCGUAUAAAUGCCCUGAAUGCACAGAGACAUUUGUGCAUAACUCCAGUCUCAGAAGACACAGGCAUCAGCAUUUUCGUGAGCAUGCAAAUGCCCCUUCAUUAGACACCGAAGAAGCAGAUGAGAAGUGAGGGCAGAGAUUCGAGAAUGUAAUGUGCACCAUAUGAAUGCAAUGAAAAGCAUUGAGCAUUGCCAUGCAGUGGAGGGAGUAGUCGAUCACACACGACAUGAGUGUGUGUGUGUGCGAUGUUUAGUCACCUCGCUCACACCACUGGAAAGGUAUUAGAAAGAGGGGUAAGGAAAAGGGGUUAACCAGAGAAGAUCUUCAGAUGGCAGCCUCGUAGUAGAGUGCAAGAAGGCAAAGAACUUGCAAGAGCAAAUCAACUGAUUAAUCAAUAUGGCAUGACCAACACAGCUUUGCAAACACUUUAUACGAUCAGCAGCACUUUACCAGAACUCUAAUCUCAGUGAAAACUAACGCUCUAGCAUUUACACAUCGUAAGGAUUUUGUAGGUGCGCCCGUGGACCAUUGCAGAUCUUCACGUUGUGUUCUGACAAAUGCAAGCAUCGAGGUUGUCACGGUAUUAUGGUCUUUGUCUUGUGUCUUCUACCUUUAUUAUAAUUUUUUUUAUUUCCACUUGUGGACCUAAAGAAAGUUUGUUGUCUAUCUCUAGUUGCAGUUAGUACGAAACAAAUCUCAUUUUGUGGUUCAAUAAUUAAUUAGUGUGGUUUAUGACUGCAGGAAGUAUAGUGAACCAGAACUAAUGACAUGAGAAAUCCAGUAAUUUCGAAAUGAGGACUCGCACGGUUUUUGUGAAGUGAAAAGCAAACUAGCGUGCAACCAGUUUGCUCGAAUUUCAACGGUCUUCUAUGAAUUUGCAAGUACAAAUAUAUUAUGCUCUCUUUCCGUCGCACGUAAAUGACUGUAGUUUGGUGCAUUCUACCAUGACAAGAACUAACCAAGUGAAACACCAAAUGCUACAAAGAAAAGCAAAACGACAUGUAACCAACCUAGAUUGCUGCUCAUCAGUAUAAUUUGUGUGCCAUCAUUAUUAAUAUUAAUAAAACUCAAAAUGUGCAUGUUUUCAACUUUGCAAUCUUAUUUCUGUUCUGACUAUUUCGAAAUUUGGAUGCUACAAUUUGCCGAUGGUCCAGAAGUCACAUGGCAAGCUUUUUUUUAUAGGAACUCAAAUUCCUUUCAAAAAUAUAUCAAAAAUAUCUAUUUUUAUAAUAAUGUAUUUUGGUUUUCAGUAUGUUUUUGUUUGAUACAAUGUACUAAUAAUGAUACAUUAGUAUAAUAAUUCUGUGGAAUUUCACUCCUUUUUUGUUCAAAUAUUGCUAUUGUGUUUGCACAUGUCUUUUAUUUAUAUUUUUAGGUGUUCAUGUUUCUUUUGCACGUUUAUUAAGAUGUGAAAGUGUAUAUGAUGUUCAUAUAAGUGAUCACAGCAAUGACAGUAAUAAUACGUGACAGUAAUAAUAUGUCAUACAUAAACUGUGCCUAAGCUAUCUCUAGCCAGUUUAGAAAUGCACCGAGGCACCCUAUGAUGACCCAAGACUAUUGCCUGAAGUACGUCAAACUAUUUUUGUGUCCUUGAUUGCCUAGUUAAGCAUAUUUAAUUUACUAACUUUGCAAGCAACAAAGCUGGGUGAGAAAAUUGUAGAUUUGUUUUAAAAACUUUUAAUUAGACAGUUUAUAACUUUCUACCUACUAAGUAUUAGUGUUUUUCUGCUUACCACAGCCAACGAAAUACAAAAAUACCACAUGGCAUGCCCGCUUGCAUACAGUAUUGCAGUGCUCUGUAGCGGUUCGUGUGAAGACGACCAUACCAUUAGGCCAUGUGUGCUGCCUCAAUGACACCUGUUUUCCUUGCGGCAACACAAGCAAUAACCUCUGCGUCUGCUCAUCGCUGUCAUGAAACUCCGUUAGGGAAGCAUAUCGUUCCUAUGCGGCACAUUUUGGAGCCCUGCAAUCACGGUGCUUAAGUAGGCAUGUCACGGAGUCUUUUGUAUUUAAUGGGCAUCUGUAGUAAGCAGAAAAAACACCAUUCAUUAACAGAUAUUGUGGGUGAAACUGUCUAAUUAGACAUAUUAAUAACUGAUCUACAGUUUUCUUUCGUAGAACUUUUGGCUAGCUUUGUAGCUUCAGAACUUACUUGCUCCAAGCAGUAGUAAGCAAAAUGUAUUCGGUGGCGUCCUUAUACAAUGCGUCAUGUACUCUGUAACUCUGGCUAAAGAUAGCUGGGGCAUCCUGUAUAUACUCUCUUUAUAUUGUAUAUACACUUUCUUUUGUGCCUCUUAUGUAAUAGUUGUCUAGUCUCUUUCAUGUGCCUUGAUUGUAAAGGAUCUUUGAUGUAGUCUAGCUGUCCAUAACAGCCUUGUAUUCUGUAGCUCUUUCGGAAAAUAAAAAUUAUUUGAUUUGAUUAGUUAGUUUA